GGAACUCAUGUCGAACGGUGACGCCGAAGACCCAUCGCGCGAAGUAAAUUUGACCCUACCCAGGUCAUGGCGUGUCGAAUCCACUGACGCGUUCGGGUCUGUAGGCAUGUUUCUUGCUGGGAUAGUGAUGGUCACCAAGAAUAGAUACUUGGUGUGGCCUGUUCUUGUCUUGGCCAUCAGCGGCGUUAUGAAUCAGCGCCCCAUGCGCUACAAGGAUAGCGGGAAUAGCCCGUGGACCAACCUGACAAUGGCUAUUUUCGCUCUCAUCAUCUCUCACUUACCCAUGCUUACGUUCACGGACCCGAGAACUGGUGGUAUUCGAUUCUCGUAGAGUUGUCAACCGUAGUAUACAUUUCAUCAUACAACCGCACACCAAAUACAUUGAAAUAUUUUGUCUUGGUAGCGCUCAACUCA